AUGGAGAACUCAGCACAAGAAUCCCAUCUCGGUCAGGAGAACUCGGUGACGUACGAGUCUCCGUACCCUCUCUACGCCAUGGCCUUCUCUCCCCCCCAAACACGAAACCGACACCAACACCACCGAAUCGCCGUGGGUAGCUUUAUUGAGGAGUACUCUAACCGGGUCGACAUCCUCUCCUUCGACCCGGAUACCCUUUCUGUAAAACCAAACCCGACCCUCUCCUUUGAUCACCCUUAUCCACCCACCAAGCUCAUGUUCCACCCAAACCCUAACUCCCUCCACAAAACUAACGACGUCUUAGCGUCUUCUGGCGACUAUCUCCGUCUCUGGGAGGUUCGAGACUCUUCCGUCGAACCCAUCCAGGUCUUGAACAACAGUAAGACCAGCGAGUUCUGUGCCCCAUUGACCUCUUUCGAUUGGAACGACAUCGAACCCAGACGAAUUGGGACUUCCAGCAUCGACACCACCUGUACCAUUUGGGAUAUUGAAAAGGGGGUCGUUGAAACCCAGCUCAUUGCGCACGAUAAAGAGGUUUACGACAUUGCCUGGGGUGAAGCUAGGGUUUUCGCUUCGGUUUCGGCUGAUGGGUCCGUGAGGAUCUUCGAUUUGCGGGACAAGGAGCAUUCUACCAUUAUCUACGAGAGCCCCCAGCCUGAUACCCCUUUGCUUAGAUUGGCUUGGAACAAGCAGGACCUGAGGUACAUGGCCACCAUUUUGAUGGACAGCAAUAAAGUUGUGAUUUUGGAUAUCCGUUCGCCGACUAUGCCCGUUGCCGAGUUAGAGAGGCAUAGGGCUAGUGUAAAUGCCAUUGCUUGGGCACCCCAGAGUUGUAGACACAUCUGCUCUGCUGGGGAUGAUACUCAGGCACUUAUUUGGGAGCUGCCCACGGUCGCCGGGCCCAAUGGGAUCGACCCCAUGUCGAUGUAUUCUGCAGGGGCAGAGAUUAAUCAGUUGCAGUGGUCUGCUGCACAGCCUGAUUGGAUUUCGAUUGCAUUUUCUAACAAGAUGCAGCUUUUGAAGGUUUGA